UGUUGUUAUUGCGGAGUGCUGAAGGGCAGGAGAACAGCGAUAAAGAAGCGAUGGCUGCUAUCCGCAAAAAGCUGGUGAUCGUGGGAGAUGGUGCCUGUGGAAAGACCUGUUUACUCAUCGUCUUCAGUAAAGACCAGUUCCCUGAGGUGUACGUGCCCACAGUGUUUGAGAAUUACGUGGCAGACAUUGAGGUGGAUGGAAAGCAGGUAGAGCUUGCCUUAUGGGACACUGCAGGUCAGGAAGAUUAUGACCGGUUAAGACCGCUCUCCUAUCCUGAUACUGAUGUCAUUCUCAUGUGCUUUUCUGUUGACAGCCCUGACAGUUUGGAGAAUAUUCCAGAGAAGUGGACACCAGAGGUGAAGCAUUUCUGUCCGAAUGUUCCCAUCAUUCUUGUGGGCAACAAAAAGGACCUCCGUAAUGACGAGCACACUCGAAGGGAGCUGGCCAAAAUGAAACAGGAGCCCGUAAAACCAGAAGAAGGGCGAGACAUGGCCAAUCGAAUCAACGCUUUCGGUUAUUUAGAAUGCUCAGCCAAGACAAAAGAUGGCGUACGAGAGGUGUUCGAAAUGGCUACCAGGGCGGCUCUGCAGGCAAAAAAGCGCGGCAAGAAGAAUGCCUGCCUGUUAUUAUAGAGAUGCGUAAGGUGGAGGGUUUAACUCGGCCGUGGACGUGAAAGAAGUGGGGGGGGAGGGUGUCAGGUCUGCUUUCCCAUGCUGAUACACCUGAAGCAUCAUGGGAAAUGUAGGGCAAAACCAAGAGAAACCCUGUGGCACAGCUUAGCCUUUGUGGGAUGACUAGAUUAUUUGUCAUCCCUACAGCCCAGAGUGGGGGUUGGGGGGUUAAGACUUUUCCUCUGAGGUUUUGAAGUUAGGCUUUUAAAGAAAGGGUCUAAACAAAACUGCUAACGUUGCUAACAGUGAAUGAAAGUGAAUAGUUACUGGUUAGCAUCAUGCACUGAUUUUGCUAAAUGGUGGCUGCUGGCUUCAUUUCAUUCUGUUAGCCAUGUUAGCAUAAUUUGUUUGAGCUGUUACUUUACUUUAAUAAAAGACUCCAUAAGUAAGAUUUUUUUAGUUUUCUUUCUUUUGUUUUAGCCCUGAACUCUCGGCCCAGUCGGCUCUCAGAUUUCCCACCACUGUCUUCAGCGACUGUUGCUGUGUGUCGGACAAAUUGUACGUAUGUUUGUAUAUGUGUGUAUAUGAAUGCAUGUGAUCAUCUCUUUGUAAAUGAGUGUAUUUAGGCUGCUUCUCUCAGUUUCUGUGGUUUUUUUUUGUGCUCAGCUAAAGUAGAGGUGGGUCUUUUUCAUCCUCUUUGGCCUCUUGCUGCAGCCUUAUCCCCCUUUUUUCCAAGCUGAUGUCUCAAAGGAUUCUGGGCUGUAAAACAUUUGGCAGUUUUGUGUUAUUUAAGCAUACCUUUUUUUUAAGCAUUGCAUUUAGAAAAUAAAAUUUAAUGGAAAAGCUAA